AUGAGCUUUCUCCGCCCCUUCAGAUCCCCGCUUCGGCCGCUCGACUGGACAACGACAAGUUCCCCCGUCCGUCGGCGGGUCCAGCUAUCCUAUCUAGCCCUCUACUCCAUACGCCGUCAUAUCUUUACCUCACCCCGUUGCUCUUCUCCUUCUCAAUUCCACCGCUCUGAUUUCACCAACCAGCCUUUCACUGGCAGCUAUGAGCCGGGCCUCCCCACUUCCGGCCCAUUGGGCUCCGCACCCUCCUUUGGUUCACCACGCUUGACCCCUAAAAUACUCAAACAACAUCUGGAUCAAUUUGUGGUUGGUCAGGAUAGAGCUAAGAAGGUGUUGAGUGUGGCUGUUUACAAUCACUAUCAACGGGUGCAGGAGUUGCAGAGGCAGGAGGAAGAGAAAGAGGAAUUGAAGGCACAACAAGCACGUCGUGAAUCUGUGGAGGGACAUCCCAUAGAGAGUCAGCAACGGACCAUUCAUACCCAAAGAACUACCAAUGAUGACAUAGCGCGAUCAGGACCACUCCCCAUCGACUCAUCUCCUUUGACGCUCGAGAAGUCUAAUAUCCUACUGCUUGGCCCAUCUGGCGUAGGCAAGACUCUGAUGGCCAAAACCUUAGCUCGUGUACUGUCCGUACCGUUCAGCAUAUCUGACUGCACUCCAUUUACACAAGCCGGGUAUAUUGGAGAGGACGCGGAUGUAUGCGUCCAUAGAUUACUAGCUGCUGCCAAUUACGAUGUAGCCCAGGCAGAAUGGGGCAUCAUCUGCCUUGACGAGGUCGACAAGCUCGCUGCUGCAAAAGUUAGCCACGGGAAAGAUGUGAGCGGCGAAGGAGUCCAACAAGCUUUGCUAAAGAUCAUUGAAGGCACAACUGUUCAGAUUCAAGCCAAACCAGAGCGAAAUGCUUCCCGUUCCAGUGGAUCGCACAAUUCCAGCCCAAGCACCACCGGUAGCAAUUUUGGAGGAUCGUCAUUCUCUUCAACGCCACCAGGAGUCCCUGGCAAGCCUGAAGUUUACAAUGUGCGGACAGACAACAUCCUUUUCAUUUUCUCGGGUGCGUUCGUAGGCCUGAACAAAAUGAUCAUGGAUCGGAUAUCGCGUGGCUCCAUUGGGUUCGGCCAACCUAUACGGGCAUCAUCAAACUCGUUUAGUUCCCACAAUUCGUCACAUGCAGCUUCUACAGCACCCAUUCCAAUCCUUCCCGGCUCUGAGGAGGAAGCCCUAUAUAAGAAGCAUCUCCCUUUCUUUACCCCUGCGCCGUUACCGUCUGGGUCAGGUUCGCCUGUCGAAGAACCGACGUACUUUAACCCGCUUGACCUCCUUACGCCCGUCGACCUCCAAACCUACGGCUUCAUCCCAGAGCUUGUUGGCCGCAUUCCCGUAAUCACAGCUCUUUCUCAGCUCACCCACCACCUCCUGCUCCGCAUCCUAACAGAACCGCGCAACUCAUUACUCGCCCAAUACACCACACUCUUCUCAUUGUCGGGUAUAGAACUCCGAUUCACAACGCCAGCACGUCACAAAAUAGCGAGUAACGCCAUGUCAAUGGCGACGGGCGCACGCGGGCUGCGUACGGAAAUGGAGAUGAUCCUAGGCGACGCCAUGUUCGAGGCACCAGGCUCCAGUGUGAAAUUUGUCCUCAUUACCGAGGCCGUUGCUGCACGGGAGGAGAAAGCCAUAUACCUCGCCCGUGGUCAGGGUGGCAAGUUCCAUGCGAUGAUCGCCGCGGAAGAAGGCGAGUGGGAGGAGAGGAUAAGGAAACAAAAGGAGGGCCCCGGGGAUAAUAAGAAUAACGACAAUAGUUUUGAGCAGUGGAGGCUGCGUGCUAGAACGGAUACCGCUGUUGGGGGGUUUUCAUGA